UGUGGGCGGAAACAUCGAAGCCGCAAAUCUACCCCUUCACCAACUCUUCCCUCAAAUAAUAUUUAAAGAACCCAAAAAAAAAAAAAAAUCAAAAAAUAGAAAAACAGGGAAAGAGUGUGUGUUUCUUGUGAAAGAAGUGAACUGAACUGAAACAUACUUGCAUACGAGUAGAAAACCAAUCACUCAAUCAAUCCAAAUCAAACCCUAACAAUGGCGGCAGCAGCAGUUGCUAACGGAGAUUUCUCCGCCGGUAAAUCCACUCCGGAAGCCGGAAGAUUCUCGACGGUCUACAGUGAACUCCAGAGGAGUCGCAUCGAUCACGCCCUUCCACUUCCAGGCGUUCUCACCGGAAACUUCACUGUCGUUAACGGACCUAACAGUUCCGCCGCCGGCAGUCCUGAUGAAAUUGCAAAGCUUUUCCCUGGAUUGUAUGGACAACCAUCAUCAAUAAUGGUUCCAAGAGACUCCGAGGGACUUUCAUCGAAUCAGAAGUUGAAAAUUGGCGUUGUCUUGUCAGGAGGGCAAGCACCAGGAGGCCACAAUGUCAUUUGUGGGAUAUUUGAUUACUUACAAGCUCGUGCGAAGGGAAGUGUAGUGUAUGGAUUCAGGGGUGGCCCUGCUGGGAUCAUGAAGGGCAAAUAUGUAGAAUUGACCUGGGACUUUGUUCACCCGUACAGAAAUCAGGGUGGGUUUGACAUGAUCUGUAGUGGCCGAGACAAGAUUGAAACUCCAGAACAGUUCAAACAAGCUGAAGAGACAGCAUUGAAACUGGAUUUGGAUGGUCUUGUUGUUAUUGGUGGAGAUGACUCGAACACUAACGCUUGUCUUCUUGCUGAGAACUUCAGGAGUAAAAAUUUGAAGACUCGUGUCAUUGGCUGCCCAAAGACCAUUGACGGUGACCUGAAAUGCAAAGAAGUCCCAAUAAGUUUUGGGUUUGAUACUGCUUGCAAGAUAUAUGCUGAAAUGAUUGGAAAUGUUAUGAUUGAUGCUCGUUCAACCGGAAAGUACUAUCACUUCGUGCGGCUCAUGGGUCGUGCAGCCUCACACAUCACCUUGGAGUGUGCAUUGCAGACUCAUCCAAACAUUUCUCUUAUUGGAGAAGAGGUUUAUGCCAAGAAGCAGACCUUGAAAAAUGUUACAGAUUACAUGGUAGACAUCAUCUGCAAACGGGCUGGGCGUGGCUACAAUUAUGGUGUCAUACUGAUACCAGAAGGCUUGAUUGAUUUCAUCCCUGAGGUUCAGAAGCUUAUUGGUGAGCUAAAUGAGAUCUUGGCCCAUGAAGCUGUUGAUGAAGCUGGUUUAUGGAAGAUAAAACUCACAUCUCAAUCUUUGGAGCUCUUUGAAUUUCUACCACCAGCGAUUCAGGAGCAACUGAUGCUUGAGAGAGAUCCACAUGGAAAUGUUCAGGUUGCCAAGAUAGAGACAGAAAAGAUGCUUAUCCAGAUGGUUGAGACUGAGCUGGAGAAGAGAAGAGAGCAAGGCGUAUACAAGGGAGAUUUCAAAGGGCAAUCUCACUUUUUCGGGUAUGAGGGGAGAUGUGGUUUGCCCACCAAUUUUGAUUCUUCUUAUUGUUAUGCUUUGGGAUAUGCUGCUGGAGCUCUACUUCAUGCUGGGAGGACUGGCCUGAUAUCAUCAGUCGGAAAUCUUGAUGCACCUGUUAAGGAGUGGACUGUUGGUGGAACAGCAUUGACUUCUCUAAUGGACGUGGAGAGGAGACAUGGUAAGUUCAAGCCAGUUAUUAAGAAGGCUAUGGUGGAAUUGGAAGGUGCACCAUUUAAGAAGUUUGCAUCCAUGCGAGAUGACUGGGCCAUCAAUAACCGGUACAUUAGUCCUGGUCCUAUUCAAUUCGUUGGUCCUACAUCGAAUGCUGUCAGUCACACCCUGCUUCUGGAGCUUGGAGCCCAAGUCUAAAGAUUUUUUUUCCGAUGUUAGGCUUUUAGGACAUUCAACUCAAGUAAAUGCUUUAUAGUGUCGAUCACGAUUCUAUACAUUUUUCACGCUUACAAAAAUGGGAUUCAAAGCUGUGCUGUCUGCAACUUUUUCUAUUGUGAUCUGUAGUCGGACAUUCAAAGAUAUAAUUUUGAUUUGAUUCACACAUUGGUGACUGACUUAUAUGGUUAGCUAUUUAGCUGUCCAUGUUCUGUUUUGAAAGUUUAAUUAGAAUAUGUAUGGACUUUGUGGUGA